CCGCCGCGGCAACCGUAACCGUGCCGACGGUAUCUGUGAUGACCUGUCAGAGUUGGUUGACGACCCAGGUCUGUUUCUGGACCGAGCCAGAGCACUGUUACGAGAACAGGCCCUGGUGGCUGGAGAGAAGGAUGAGGAGGGAGAGAAGGACGAGGGAGAGAGGGAGGGGGGGAGGAGGCUGAAGAGGGAUUGGGACCGAGGGGAGAGAAGGGCAGGAGGGGGGCCGAUGCGAGCGGAGGGGAGGCAGCUAGCCGAGACUCUAAAACAGGAGCUCAACUCUGCCAUGUCACAGGUGGUCGACACCGUGGUUAACGGGUUCAACCAUAAACCCCCCAGCCAUCAUCAUCUUCAACACCAUCCCUCUCAUCACAGUGGCUCCCAAAACCCCCCCUCUGCCACUAAAGCUCCCUCACAGGCCUCCUUUCCUCGCUUCCCCCCCUCCCUCGCCACUGACUCUCGCUUCGGGGGAGUCAGCAUGAACAUGAACGGCGACAGCCCCAACUUUCACUCAGCCAAUAAGAGGCUGCCGUGCUUUGGCGACGUCAUCAUCCCGAGCACGCUGGACUCGUUCGGGGGCCUCAGUGUUCCGACGGCCGGUGACCAGACAGAAGCACUGCCUCUAGUGGUCAGGAAGACCAGCGCCGACCCACACCAACAGAACCCCUCUCUCCCUCCUCCUCCUCACCCCCACCACCCCUCCCUCCAUUCCUCCCCCCUCUCUGCCUCUCUGGGGUUCUCCUCUCCCUCCUUCCGACACCCCUUCCCCCUCCCACUGAUGGGCUACCCUUUCCAGAGCUUCUCCAAAGACCAGCGCUCCUCCCCUGAGUCCAUGGACCUCUCCAGGGAAACUGUGGGGCUGCGGACCAAGAUGGUGUCGGGCGGGGGCGUCCAUUUUGUCUCCCACCACCACCACCACAGGCAGAGCUCUCCGCCCCAACAUGGAGGGGGGGGCGAGGGGCUGUCGCUCAUCAAGUCAGAGUGUGGAGACCUUCAGGACAUGGCUGACAUAUCACCUUAUUCAGGAAGUACU